AUGCAAAAUAACAUGUCAAGACGAUCGCCACCCCAAGCUUUGCAGAUGAGCAAUACUUCAGGGCUGCUUAACAGCUCUCGUUACACAUUUCAGCCAGCUGCAAGUUUACGCCAAUCUUGAGACGGCCACCAAAGCAGAUCAAAGCUUACAUUUCCUGAAAUCAUGAGUUAUCUGAAACCUGAAACUCCUAACUCCCCCUCCGUUUGCGAACAAAAAAAUUUGUCACAGAGUUCGGUUAAUUAUUUUUUAAAAAAUUUGUAUAUAGUUUUAUAGUAAAAUUUUUUUUUGAAAUUUAAAAAAUCCCAAUUAGUAAAUAUUGGAAUACAAAUAUUUAUUUAAUUUCUAAAUUUAUGCUUUAAAAUGCAAGCUGUUUAAAUUAAAACAGAAUUAGCUAGCGAUUUCAUUAUGCUAAUUAUUAUUUAUAUAUCAAAAUUUUUUGUUCGCUCACGAAGGCGGGUUUUUGGGCAAAAAUAGUGAUUUUUGCAUGGUUUUUGCUCGCUCAAGGAGGGGUGAAUAAACAAAAAAGGCUUCCUAAGGUGGGAAAAAACGAAUUAAUGACUGGGAUAUUUGAAAUUCAUGGGAUUGGGAUUAAUUAUAGCUCAUCUAAUGGGUAUGGUGCUCCAAGAGGAAUAGGGUUUUUAAUUACAAAAAAUUUGAUAUUGACGACUCACUCUGUGAUUCCAACCGAAGAAAGUGCGCUGAUGAGCCAAAUCAAAUUCAUGGGGAUUUAUAAUGAAAUUCAUAGGCUUGACCCGAAUCAGUUUUUUUAUACUGAUGGGGCAAGAGAUAUUACAAUCACUAGCUUAGUGCUGCAAGAAGGAGACGAAAGAAUUAGGUAUCCAUUAGAAGCAAGGCAUAGAUUUAAAUUACUGCCUGGAGAAACUUUAAAUAUCUUAAAUGGCCGGCUCGUCCCUAGCUUGGUGAGUGAAAUCACGGAUCAUAGCUUCACUUUUAAAUCCAAAGAAUUAAUACUGCCAGGGACUCCUUUGUUUUCUAAGAAAUGGAAGCUUCAAGGUAUAUUUGUCUCAGGCUCAAAUUCAUAUAAUUCAAAGCAAGCCAGAAGACUUGACUCCAUCUUGACCUCUCUCCUCAUGCUAAAAAAUACAAUUUUGGCACAAGAACUUGAAAAUUUCCUAUUAGAAUAUGCAAAAUUUUAUCAACUUCCCACAAAUUUAGGCAAUCGUCUCGCAGACUCAAAUACUACUAUAAUUUAUUUAGAUUUCAACAUGUGUUAUUCCUUUAGCAGGAUUACUUUGAUAUGUAUAGUAUCACCCUUUUAAAUCCCUUGAUAGUGACACAGGAGCCAUCUUGUCAAGCAAGUAUUCUAGAAUGCGCAAUAAAGGGCCAAGAAUUCUUCAUGGCUGCGUUUGCCUUGCCUAAACCUGACUCCAGCACGUGCCCCGCUUAAGGGUUACCCUUCUCGGGUGUGUUAGGCAGUGAAAAUUAAAUUACCCUAUGCGGUAAUUCCAUAUUAGCAUUGAGGGUAAAGGUCAAUGUGGAAAACUAAACCCCAUAAUAAUGGACACCGCAGUGGAGAAGGAAUGGUUUUCGGAGACAACUGCUUCCGCACAUAACCAUUUUAUUAUCGCAGACUCAAAUACACUCUUUUGGGUUCAAUGAAACAGCCCAAACGUGUACCAAUUCGAUGAGAUUGUAAAAGACUGAAAAAUUGUUACAUUAAAUAAUAUCAAUGAAUUUAAAGGCUAUGAACGACAACAUUGAGGGUUUCCUACAAAUUCUCGCCUAGUAAACUUGCAAGACGGGAGUAUUAUGAUUGUAGGAGGAAAAGAUCCAAAUAAUGGGAAGUCAAGAAGAGACACUUUUCAAGUUUUCCCAAAUUCAGGAGUGAUUUUAAGAAAAGGGAGCAUGCUAGAAGGAAGAGCUGCACAUUGUUUAAUAUAUAGGUAUGGAUAUGUAUACGCAAUGGGUGGAAUUCCUUCAGGAAACACAUGUGAGAGAUAUUCAAUACAGCAAGACUCAUGAGUACCCAUUACAAGUUUAAACAUUGCAAGAUGUGAAGCUUCUGCUUGUACAUUUAACAAUGAAAAAUUCAUGCUGAUCAUUGGAGGAUUGCCUGAAAAUGCAGCUGGGAAUUCUAUAGAAAGGUACAGCUUUGAAUUCAAUAGAUGGCAACUGCUGGAAUUGAGGCUUCCAAAUGUUGUUAUUAAUCCAGCUUUAUAUCAAGUUUCCCCAACUAAACUUGCCAUUUUUGGAGGGAGAAUAAGCGAUAAUGUGUUUAUUUUUGAAACUGAAGGAUACUCAGGAAAUGAGACUGAAGAAUUAUUGAGGCUUUAUCAAGUGGAUUUACUUCCGAGAAAAGUUAAAUGCCUUUAUCCGGUUACUUAUAGGUAUGGAAGAAAUGUGCUUUAUAUUUUAUGUGAAAGAGUGGACUCUCUUCCAGAUAUUCAUAUUUAUGAUUAUAAAAGGCUCCUAGGUGAGAGGAUUGGAGAUGUUAUUGAAGUAAUUUCAGAAAAUAAGUCUAUUGGAGGAGUGCUGAAUCAUAUGAGAUUAUUAACACCCGAUUAUAGAGAUGCAUAUUUUUAA